AUGUCGCAGGUCCCAGGGGCUUCGCAGGCCUCGUGGUCGUCGGUCGCUUCAACGGCGGUCUCGGCUGCGACAGAUGCUUCGAGCACACUGGCUUCGGCUCUCGCCACGUCAGCCGCACAACCAGCGGCCAGUACGGUCACAGCAGCGGCGGCCCCAUACGUAGACGACCGCAAUCCGAUCAUCGCAUUGUUCGACGGCUUGCUUCGUGUCUUGCUCGCCUCGUUCAACCUCAUCCGCAUCCUGGCAACCUUCACUACGAUCACGGUCCCCAGCUUGGUCUACACCAUCCUGCAUUAUAGCUUGACAUUGCAGCUCAAUUUCCCAUCUCUUGCUCUUCUCUUCUUGACUUCACUGGUAUCAGCCUUCAUCUGGCUCCGCUAUCGCCAUCUCAACAAGUACGAGCGUCUUCGCGAGGUGCCCAUCACUCGAGACGAAGGCUUCAACCUGAAUCCGGACGUCGCAUCAGCUGGCGGGGACAAUGACCGAGGAAGCUUCCACAACUAUCUCGACGACUUUCUACAGGCCAUUCGCAUCUUUGGCUUCCUCGAGAAGCCUGUCUUCCACGAGCUUGCACGCCAUCUGCAGACGCGCAGACUCGUCGCCGGAGACAGCCUCUCGCUCGACACCGACUUUUCCUUCUACAUUGUCAUCGAUGGCCAUGUUCAGGUCUAUGCUCCUUUGCCCUCAGCUACCGCCAGUGCAGUCGGACAGGAUGCAGCAGAGGACGAAGAUGAUAGCGGAUACCAGCUGCUCAACGAGGUCGAGAGUGGAGGCACGCUCAGCAGUCUCUUCACCAUCCUCAGUCUCUUUACGGAAGACGUCAAACUCACCUUCGGCGACGACGACCCUCAAUUUGCUCCACAAUACGCAGCAGCUCAUGCUGCAAUGGACCGUCAAUAUGGCUCGAGUGCAGGACAACACCCCGGACGCGGUAACAGUGCUACCGCUCCCACCUCUCCCUUUUCCUCAGCUUUCAAUCCACCUGCGCAGACCGCUGCUCAGCUUCAGCUCAACGCGGCGGCUCUUCGCAACGUGCCUGCUGCCAUGUCGACCGAGGGUGCCGUUGAACGACUAGGAGGUCCAGUCGCCCGCUCGGGAUCAAGACCUUCCCAUGCUAGGACAGCUUCGUCUGGCACCGGCUCGGUGACGGUCCAGGAUGGCGAGACGAGCACCGUGAUGGAUCCGCACGAGGUCCACGACGACAGCACCGCUCUUUCCUUGGGACAUGCGCCCGACCUUCAAAUGCCUCCAGCACAGGCGACAGCACCCUUUUCGCAUUUCGCACCAGGCUACAAUCCUUCGCCGGCGGGCACCCCCUCGUCCAGCCUGCCAGGUGUGUCACAGUCGCCCUACUUCCGAGGACGCGCUACUUCCGUGCAGGGACUGCCCGAAGGCGUGGGUGGCCCCACCACGCCUGGCUCCUUCAGCGGAAUGGGCAGCAGUGUUCACGGUCAUAUCAAUCCUCAGACAGAGUAUCUUCAUCGCCAAGGCGCUGGAACCGUAGCACGCGCCACGGUCGACACCACUUUGGCCGUCAUCCCCGCCGAGGCUUUCAAGCGUCUCACCAAAAAGUUCCCAAAUGCAGCUGCGCACAUCGUGCAAGUCAUCCUUGCUCGUCUCUCGCGCGUCACGUUUCACACCGCCCACAAGUACCUCGGUCUCACCAAGGAGGUCAUGCGCACCGAAAAGUCGAUCAACGAUCUGGCUUGCUUCCCACUUCCUUCCGAAUUUUACGAGAAGGGUGGCAUGGACAAGCUGCGUCAGCGCUUCCUGCCUCAGCCCACCUCGAAACGAGACUCGACAUUGGACGACGACUACUUUCGCAACUUUCAGGAUUGGACCUCCCCCGCUCAACGCAGCGUCACGCCUGUUCCAGGUUCGGGCCGUGACGGCGGGGACAGUGGUGCUGCUCAGCCCAAGGUCAGGAUCGCAGCAGAGCCGACGCCACUCACGACCAGCCCCAAGCAAACCACCAAGAAAGCAGCGCCCUCUCGCAUCUCGACAGCCAAAACACCCUGGGGCCAUCCUGAUCCACCGCUGAAAACACCGACGGCACGCACGAUGGUAGGACCCGGUGACCUGCUCAGCAUGGCCAGUCUCAGCGAAGAUGGCUGGCACACGAGCGGCUUCGAUCUGCACUCCGCUCAACCGACGCCGCGCGCGAAGCCUCGUGCGGUCUCGAAACUUGAGCCUUUCCAUGGACCAUUGCCGCAUCCAAUGGACGAGUCCACUAGCGGCACCAGUCCGCGCUCGGGUGUGUCGCCUGUCCCACGACGUAGUGGCAGCAACGGCAUGCUACACUACGGCGACGACCUGGACGGCGACCAUCCUUUCUCCAACAUUGGCCUCUCUCACUUUGACAUCAAGAAUGAGGUCAUGGACUGCAUCGCGAAAAGUAUAGGCCUAGCGCAAGCCGCCACCUCGCCCAUCGCUGGAAGCUACCAGGCCAGCCCGCACAUCGGUGCUCAGGACUCGCUGCAGCGAUCUGUAUUCAAGUCUGCGUUUAGCUCGCUCAGUAUGCUGGAUGCUGCCAUGGCUGAAGAGGAAUCCAGCGUCACGGGAACCAACAGCUCCAUGGCUGGCCAUGGGCCUUCCGCCUUCCACCUCUCCGACUUUGAGAACGAAGUCGAGAUCAAGUUCUUCCCAUCAGGCAGCACCUUGGUCAAGGCAGGCGAGAGUCGUGCUGGUCUGUUCUAUGUCAUUGACGGCUUCUUGGACGUCUUGCUUCCUGCCGAGACAAACGAGCUGGAAGAGGAGCAGCGCUCCACGCCGAGGAAGGAGAGCAAAGCGACAAAAGGGCGAGCUGGGUCCAAAGAUGGGCUUGCCCCUUCAGUAGCCGGCCAGAACAGGCCUGGAGCGCCGCGCAAAGACGUUUCUUCAGCUUCGCUGCGGACGCAUGACAGUGACGGGACCGCACGGGAUGGAGGCACUCGUUCUCGCCGAGGGACCGACGCCGAGCGCACUCACAGCAACGGCGACGGUAGCACGUCAACGUUGCAGCGACCCAUUUUGCGGGAAGGUUCGACGUCUUCCAUCACGUACACUAAUACGACUGGACUUCGCAAGAGACCCACUGAAUCGACAAAGGUGGGCAAUGCGCUCGACGGCACGGGCGGUGGCUCGGGCAGCAACGGCGUGCGCAAGCCGAGUCAGAGUUCAGCUGCCAACGGGGAAGCCGCAAGGCGACGUCCGUCGGAGGCAACCACUCCGAAGAUGCCAGACUUUGCCAAGCCGUCGCCUCGCCCACCACUCAGCCAGCAACCUCUUCGCGCCAAUCCUCCACAGCAGCAGAACGGUCACCGCGCCAAAGAUGCCAAGCGCUCCAUCUUCACGGUCGGCCGCGGCGGUAUUGCAGGCUACCUAUCCAGUCUGCUCGGCACCGCAAGCUACGUCGACAUCACCGCCAAGACAGACGUAUAUGUCGGCUUCCUGCCAGCGCAUGCCCUCGAACGAAUCAUGGAGCGCCGCCCAAUCGUCCUCCUGACGCUGUGCAAACGUCUGCUGAGCCUGCUGCCGCCACUCAUCCUUCACAUCGACUCGUCGCUCGACUGGCAGCAAGUCAACGCAGGCCAGGUCAUCUAUCGAGAGGACGAUCCAUCGGACAGCUUCUUCAUUGUCAUCAACGGCCGAUUGCGAGCCAUCACCGAGAAGAGCAACGGCAUCGAGGUGCACAACGAGUACGGACAAGGAGACAGUGUCGGUGAGCUCGAUGUGAUCACCAAUUCGCGAAGACGCACGACGCUGCAUGCCAUCCGUGACUCGGAGCUGGCCAAGAUGCCGUCGACGCUGUUCAACGCCAUCUCGGUGCGCCAUCCAGCCAUCACGAUCCAGAUCUCGCGCAUCAUUGCGCGUCGGGUGCGGACCGAGCUCAUCCGAAGCAAGCAGGAAGGGGCUGCUCUCGGCGCUCCCAUUCCGGGCUUGCCAGAUCUAGGCAGAAACAACCUCAACCUCAAAACCGUGGCGAUCGUACCAGUGACCCGGCAGGUGCCGGUGAUCGACUUUGCCGCCAAACUGCAGAGCGCCUUUGACGACACGAUUGGCGGACGCGCGAUCUUCCUAGACCAGAGCAGCGUCAUGGGCGUGCUAGGCCGACACGCUUUCAGCCGCAUGGGCAAGCUCAAGCUGGCCGGGUGGCUGGCCGAUCUCGAGCAAAAGUACCGCAUGGUGGUCUACGUCGUCGACACACCCGUCUCUUCGGCGUGGUCGCAGACGUCGAUCCGGCAAGCGGAUUGCGUGCUGAUGGUGGGUUUCGGCGAUGAACCGGCGAUGGGCGAGUACGAACGGCUAUUGAUGAGCGUCAAGACGACUGCACGCAAGGAGCUGGUGCUUCUGCAUCCGGAACGGAGCGUGCCGCCCGGCUCGACACGGGAGUGGCUCAAGAACCGACCCUGGCUUCACGCGCACCAUCACGUUGAGAUGCCGGGUCUGUCUGGUUCGCAUGCCGCCUCGGCAAUGGCAUCGGGUGGCGAUCCUAAGGCGGUCAAAGCGCUACGCAACCUCAAACAGAAGCUGGAGACGUCGUUGCAGCGGUAUCGCAAGACCAAGACGCCGCUCUCCGCGACGGGACGACCGCACCACGCAUCGGACUUUGCGAGGCUAGCGCGUCGACUGUGCGGCAUGAGCAUCGGUCUUGUGCUCGGCGGUGGUGGAGCGCGUGGUUGUGCGCAUCUCGGUGUCAUUCGUGCGCUCGAGGAGCGCAGCAUCCCGAUCGACAUGGUGGGCGGCACGUCGAUCGGCUCCCUCGUCGGUGGGUUGUACGCACGUGAAGCCGAGAUGGUCUCCACCUUCGGUCGGGCUAAGCGCUUCGCCGGUCGAAUGGCUAGUCUGUGGCGCUUCGCAUCGGAUCUUACUUACCCUGUCGUCUCGUACACCACCGGCCACGAGUUCAACCGUGGCGUCUUCAAGGCCAUCCAAGAGACGCACAUCGAGGACAUGUGGAUUCCGUUCUUCUGCAACACGACGAACAUUACGUGGUCGAGAAUGGAGGUGCAUACGAGUGGAUAUGCGUGGCGGUACAUUCGUGGGUCGAUGACUUUGGCUGGAUUGAUUCCGCCGCUGGUCGACGAUGGAAAUAUGCUGGUGGAUGGUGGGUAUGUGGAUAAUCUGCCGGUGACGGUGAUGCUAGCCAUGGGAGCAAGGUCCGUUUUUGCGGUGGAUGUGGGUAGCAUUGAUGAUACAUCCCCGAGGGCGUAUGGCGACACGCUUUCGGGUUGGUGGGUGCUGUUGAAUCGAUGGAACCCCUGGUCCGACGCAGGCAAGAUUCCGUCCAUCCCAGACAUCCAGGGUCGCCUCACCUACGUGUCCUCCGUGAAAACGCUCGAGGAAGCCAAAAAGGUCAAGGGGUGCUUCUACAUGCGUAUGCCCGUGGAGGAAUUCGGCACGCUCGCGUUUGGUCGGUUCGACAUGAUCUACGCGAAAGGGUACAAGGCUGCGGUGGAUCUGUUGGAUGGGUGGGAUGCGGAAGGAAAGCUGCCGAGCGGGACGGAGAGGGAGGAAUUUGAGGAUGAUGAGGAGGAGGAGGAGUAUACGGAUGAGGAGGGCGGCUUGGGUGGAGGGAAGAUGAGGAGGAAGAGGAAGAAGAGGAGGACUAGGAAGAGGGCUGGGAUCAGUGCGAGACGAAACAGUAUCUAG